GAAUCAAUGGCGAAUCAAACAAGAACCCAUCAAGACAUAAUAGUCCGAGACAGUAGAAUUACCCUAGACAGAGACCAUCCGAAGACAGGGGCGCAGAUGGUGAAGGUAGCGACUGGUGUCGCAGCCGGUGGAUCCCUCCUAGUCCUCUCAGGCUUAACACUCGCCGGUACAGUGAUAGCAUUCGCUGUAGCCACUCCUCUGCUUAUUAUAUUUAGCCCUGUCUUGGUCCCAGCGGUGAUCACCGUGGUUCUCAUCAUCACUGGGUUCCUUGCCUCCGGUGGCUUUGGUAUAGCCGCCAUAACCGCCUUCUCUUGGCUCUACAGGCACAUGACGGGGUCAGGAUCGGAUCAGAAGAUAGAGAGUGCCCGAAUGAAGGUGGGAAGUAGAGGGUAUGAUACCAAGUAUGGGCAGCACAACAUUGGAGUCCAUCAGCAACACCAACAAGCAGCUUCUUAAAAUUAAUGUCAGAUAGAACUAUUUCCACACAAAUUGUCAUCCAUCGUUUGAUCUCUUUUCUUCGUUUUCU